UCCUUUUUACUACUCCAUACCAUCUUUAUUAGUAGGAUACCCUCACCACACAUCCAUGCAACUGAAUGUGCCAUAUUUCCCAGUGGUGUCCUUGGUGUUUAAAACUCAUCUUGCAUAGCACAUGUUGCGAUUUGCCUUCUGGUUGCUUGAGAACUCUUAAUGUUAUGUCAUGUCUGGCCAAUAUCAAGUUACCAGUUUGUGUUACAAGCGUGUCAGUAAAUGUAUAUAAAAAGAUGCUUAGGCCUUCUAAUGCCAUUCGUAAUUUCAGUCCAACAAGUCCAACACUAAACCUGCCCUCCUAGUUUGCAAUUCUCCAGUGGUUCUGAAGAAGACUUAUUUACAAUGUAUGGAGAAAAAAAAAAGACAAAGGCCGUGCCGUUGUUGACAGAUGAGUGUUGACAGAAAUGUGAGGUUGCACCAGUAAAUUGUGCUGUUUUAGUUUGUUAUGGCAUUACUGUUUGCACCCAACCCUUGUGGAAGUAUAUUGCCUCAACUUCUGUUUGGGAUGAAAAGAUUGAGCUCCCCCCCGGCUGCAUUUGAAUGCCUCAGCAUCUGAGGAAGCAUUGUUUGCUCCCCAUUUGCUAUGUUGCAGUUUGCCUGAUUUGUUGGGAAGAAAAAUUAUGCUUGUGAUCCUUUAAAAGAGAGACAUUGUGAAAUGCAUGAUCCCCGUGUUGAAGGUGCAGUUAUAGCCCAGUUGUUCCAUUUGUUGCAAACUGACAUCCUUGCACAUAAAGCCAGUCCAUCUUUAUUUAAAACUCUUUGAACAUUGCUUUUGUCCCGGCUUUGUGUUUGUGUUCACACACAUUGUUUCUCUCAUCCUCCAUGUGACCUAACCCUGUCUUCUGGCUUUAGGUUACUGAAGAGAGAUGAGUUUACAGGUGCCCUUUUAAUGCCUUGUGAGCUGAAAUGUUUAUUGAAGGAUACUCACUGUAUUUACAAAAACACCAUUACCCCUUGAAAAAAUGCCCAGUUUAUAUAUGUUUACACAUCAACCCCUUUCUUUAGUAUUCACUGUAAUUGAGUCACUUCCCAGGAUACUUUACUCUUUGUACCUGUUUCAAGACGUCAUUGGUUCUGAUGGACCAUGUUCAUGUCUGUUCAAGGUUUUAUGGCCCAUCCUUUAAAAAGGAAUAAGGGUUAAAAGGAAACUGCAUUUCCCUAAUCUGCAGUAAUUGCUGUAAACGUCAGACAAAAAAAACAUUAUUUUAUAAUGUACUACAAACACAGUGUGUAAGUUGUUGUGGAUCAUUAAUUUUUGAUCUAAUGUGUUUUCUGAAAUGAAGCUGGGAGUGACAAGAAAAGAUGGAGAAAGCGAGACCACGGAGGAGAAGGAAUAGCAGGUUUGACCAGUACGAGUCAUUCGACUCGCGUUCCUCUGCUUUUGCCUCCUCCCGAGAUCUCUACAGAUCUGGCGGCGGUAGCUAUGGUUUUGGUGAUGGCCGGGAGGACAGCAUGCUGUUGAGUCAGCGAGGAGGCCCAGGCUUCGGAGGGGGACUUGGGCUAGGAGGAGGAGGAGGCUUUGACAGCCCCUCCUCUUCCUAUGGAGUCGCUAAAAUGCGACAGAAUAUGAGGGAGUCCUUCACCAGUCCCCAGGGAGGAGGUUCUGGAGGUGGAGGAUGGGCUGGAGCAGGCCGACGUUCCCCCAGAAGGGGUGGAAGUGCCGGGGGUCGAGGAGCUGCAGGAGGGUUUGGAAGCCGCAGGUCUGACCCCACUCCAUUAAGCGGAGGUUUGCGGGGAAGUGGUAGCGGUGGUCAGUCCCACCGUGGCCACUCUCCAGGAGGUGGUAGAGGCAAGCUCCCUUCCCUCCUGUCCAACCGCAUGUACCCUGACAGUGGGGGCUUCCAGGGUUCUACUCAAGGGCCUCACGACUUUCCUGGGAGGCAUUUUGGAGGGGGCCCACGGGCUGGCCGGCAGCGAGGCCGCAAGAGACCCCUUAACAAACAGGUGAAGCCACAGCGGGAUGUUCAGAAGAAAAGAAAGCAGACCCCUACUGCAGGUGAUGAGCCAGAAUCAAAGAUGAACAAGACAGAGAGUGCAGAGUCAGAGGCUACACAAGAGCAACCAGAGAAAAAUGGUGAUAAUAGUGAGCCAAAGACGACUGCUGCAGCGGAGAAAAAACCUUCUGAAGAAGGUGAUAAAGUUGGAUCCAAACAGGAGGAGAAGAAAAAGCCACAGGGCAAACAGACACCAACCCAAGGCCCAGAAAGACACCCAAAAAUGAGGAAGAGAAGGGGAUUCCUGGAAAGGGUGAUGUUUGCAUGUUCUGUGUGCAAGUUCCGCUCAUUCUACAAGGAAGAAAUGGAAGCUCAUCUUGAGAGUCGCUUCCACAAGGACCACUUUAAGUUCCUUUCCAGCCAGUUGUCCAAGCCUACUACAGACUUCUUGCAGGAGUACUUGCAGAACAAGUUUAAGAAGACAGAGGAGAGAGUCGGCCAGUUGGAAAACCACAGUGCUGCCAUCUGCCAGGUGUACAAAGAGCAGGACCUCACCAGAGAUCUUGGAAUGGAGCACUUCAUGAGGAAGGUGGAAGCUGCUCACUGUGCAGCGUGUGACCUCUUCAUUCCCAUGCAGCCCCACCUGAUACAGAAACACAUUAAGUCUCCUGACCACAACUACAAUCGCAAGGGUAUGAUGGAGCAAUCUAAGCGGGCCAGUCUGUCAGUUGCUCGAAGCAUCCUUAACCACAAACUCAUUGGCAAGAAGCUGGAGAGCUACCUCAAGGGUGAGAACCCAUUCACUGGUAACCAGGAUGAACAGGACCCAGAGGAAACCAUGGCAAUGGAUGUAUCGGAGUUGGAGGGAACGGGCGAGGCAGCAGAGAGCCAGGCAGAGAGCGAACCAGUCAAAGAUGAGUCUGCUCCUGAGGAGGAGCCGAGCAAAGAGGUGGCUGAAGGAGAAGCAGCAGAGGCAGCAGAAGGAGGAGAAGCAGCAGAGGCAGCAGCACCACCAGAAGCAACAGCCACGGAAGAAGAGGAGGAGGAAAAGAUGGAGGAGGAGCAGGGGAACCUGGAUGAGGAGGAAGGUUUUGAAGUUGGGGAGGACGAGGAGGAGGAGGAUGAGGGAUAUGUGGUUCAUGAUGAGAUUGGUGAAGAGGGAUUACACGGUGACUUGGGAGAGGAGGAAGGAUUAGAGGCAGCAGAGCUUGAGGAGGAAGACACCAAUGAUCAUGAAUGAUUUUGCUCCCUGUAUGUGACCUUUCCACCUGAACAUCUGUAUGGACCAGUUAGUGACCCCUACUGUCAGUCCAAUUUAACUGCCACACAUAUUCUGAGUUCCCAUCAUUUUUCACUGUCAGUCUGAGCUUGUCAUUUGAGUUUUGUCAAAGGAACAGUUGCACAUUUUGUCUACUACUCUUAAUCACUUUCUUGCUGAGAUUUACAUGAAAAGAAAUGUCAGAAAUAGUAACUCUUGUCUUAUGCAUGCAUGCAAAGUCUCAACAAAGAUAUGGGUAGACUUGUUUUUAAAUAUCAGAGUAGACUGGACAUGUGGUUUACCAUUUCUGUCUUGAACUGAUCUGUUCCUGGGAAUAGCUUCAUACGCAGUGCAGACAUGAGUGGAAUUGUUGGACUUUUCAUUUCAACUUUGGCAAGAA